UCGCUCACAUAGUCUUCUUGCUAUGUACAUUCUCUCAACAGUCUCCCUCGGUUGUCAUCGUGUCGAGUGACAAGUCACGUGCGACCUUCGCCACUCUCAUAAUCGCUGUGUUUGUUUCGCUGUGUUUCGCGAUUCGCGUCUUUUAUGGACGAAAGGACGAAACCCUCACUUAUUUUCCCGCUUAUUUAUUUUUUUCGAUGCUUUUAGUUUCGCUCGAUUAGUGAUAGAAAAAUAUCAGCGUCAACCUCACUGCUGAUCAGCUGAUCGAAUUCGGCAGUUCCGUUUCCUCGGCCUUCUGGUCCGGCAUAUCUCGACGGUCUUUUUCAAAAUUUCUAAAUUCCGAAAUUGCCAACGGCCAUGGACGGAAUUUGCCUCCCUGGAUUUUGAUUUACUCUUCAUACGAGGCUGGGAAAUUACCGAGCUCAAUUGUCUAUACCUUCGUCCCAUUCGUUCUUGACAAAUUAUCCGGGAAAUUAGGAUUUUUAUAAGAAGAUAAUUUUGCGAAAAAUCGUCGGAACGAGAACGACAAAAUCCGGGGAAAGUGCCGACGCAUUUGUAAACAUAGUGAUGUGUUUAUGUCUAUUUUCCUUUAACGUGAUUUUUGUGACGUGGUUUUCAAGUGGAGUUCAAGUUGUGGAACAUUUUGGGGGUAAGAUUCUUUGAUCUUUGAAGUGGAGCAUUGAAGGAAAAUAACAAGACAAUUUUGAUUAAAGUUGCUUGAUUUGUUCCGAAUUACUUUUUUCAUCUUAGUUUUGCUUUCGUUCGGGUCGAGUGACAAUCGCGAAAACUGUGAGACGGUAUUUUUAAGAGUGCAAUAAACUGUGGGAACUUUGAAUUGUGUUCGUGGUGCAGUGUCUAGUGUCAGUUUAUCUCGAUGACGUGAGACAGUACGCAUGCUAUCUUCGCGAUAAACGGUGGUAACGACCUUACCCACCAGGAUUAAAUACUACGAAAAAAGUCAACCAGGCGAAUCCAGGGAGCAAAACUAAAGUGUCCUCGACCGAACGGGCCAGUAUUCAUGCCAGUAUGCCAAUCAGAUGCCAGUAGACAGCGGCCAGUACCUGUCGUUAACGCUAGCCAAUUAAUAAGUUACUUGCAAUUAGCUAGAUAAUUCAUAGGCAAUAUUCGUUUCUAGGGAAUUUUAGUCUAUAUAUAUUUAAACCAUCUCGCUUUCUCCACGCGGUGACGGUGACGGUGAUUGUGACGGUGACGGUGAUUGUGACGGUGACGGUGACUGACAAGGUCGAAUCGCGCACCAAUUAUUUUAUGUUCGAUCGUGUAUAACAUUGGACGGAAAUCGUACGCGAUCUGGUUAAAUAUCGACGUCGCGACGGGUUGUGCAGUGGUUCAAACUUCAGGUUAACGAUCAAAUAGGAGAAAGGAUUAUAAAUUCACAUUCACGCUGAGCGGUGGCUGGAAAAGCUGACUUACAUCUGGAGCGCCAACCUGUAAUCAAGGUUCAUGGUUUUCAUGGAGGAGAGCGAGCUCUCGAGCAAGCGGUGGGCCAGUGCGCCCCGCCGCUCGGACAGCCCCUAUGUUCUGGGGGCUCCCACAUCUAGAGAGGCGGCGGGACCGCCGGUACAGCUUGAACCCGUGGACCUGUCGGUGAAAACUCCCGUGGUGCUGCAGGUGCCUCGGUAUAGUCCAGCGGCAUUAAUUACUAGGAGAGUUCCAUCGCCAUCGACAACGCCCACGACUCCGCCGCUUUGCGUCUCUACCGGUGAGUUCAACCUGAAUGUACUCACGCGAGGGCUCUUUGAUUAUCAAGUGUCUCCAGCUCUGCCUAUGGCAGAUAUCGUCAGAGAACGAGAUCAAGAUCGAGAUCGAGAUCGAGGAGAGCAAACGCGGACGGAGAGAGGCCGAGAGUGCGAGCGAGACAGACAGCACGAUAGAGAUCGAAUUGUGAGAGCGAGGGAGCGAGAAUCUCGGGAGAGAGAAAGAGAGAGACAGCGUGAUAGGGAAAGGGAUAGAGAAAGGGAAGUCUCCGUUUUCGUUAUGGAACCACCUGAUCCUGUAUUUGUCUCCUCGUCUGCAGCGCUUCUUGCUCUGCAAAGGAUAAAAGAAGCCUCUGAUGUAUUUCACAAAAGACCCCCUGGAAUCGUUUGCACACAAGGUCUCGGUGGGAGAGGAAAUGGAGGUGUUGGAGGAAAUGGAGCCAGUUUGGGUGUGGACAGUGAAUGUGGGGAUGCGCUCAAGAGACGUAAAGUUCACAGGUGUGAUGUCGCAGGUUGCGAUAAGGUUUACACGAAAAGCUCCCAUCUCAAGGCUCACAAAAGAACUCAUACCGGCGAAAAACCGUACCAGUGCACGUGGGAAGGAUGCACGUGGAAAUUUGCUCGCUCGGACGAGCUAACGCGGCACUAUCGCAAGCACACUGGACAGAAACCGUUCAAAUGCCAUCUCUGUCAACGAUCGUUUUCGCGUAGCGAUCAUUUGUCACUUCACAUGAAGAGGCAUUGAUGAUAGCUCGUUCGACACCCUAACGAGUACUUUCGGGACCUGAAGAACCUCCUCCUGAUGCUCGGAUCGUGAUUUCUAAUUUAGCCACCCGUCGCUUUUUGGAGGAGCAAAACUAGAAGAAGAAAAAAAACGUUCACUAGGUUUAGAGUUUAUUGAAAGAGAAAAGAGUAUGAUAUUAAUUUCGGUUGUUGUGACGAUUGCGCGAACCCUUGGUAAACGCUCUAAUAUUUAAUGCUGCGAGAGGACCUUCGACCACGUUUUAACACGAUCGAUAUUUCUCAGUGGUUUCGACAAAAAUGUUGGCGGUAAAAAGAGGCUGUUUCGAAAAA